AUGAGUCGUAGGCUGAGGCAAAGAGUGGAAGCAAAGGGAAAGGACGAGGGCGUCUUGCCAAGCUACAUCGAGACUAGCCACGAGGAUUCAGUUCCCGAGCUUCGUGGGUUUGUGGAUUGGACAUGCUUGCCUUAUGACACUGUGAUUCAACUGUUUAUGCGGUUGAAUUAUCGUGAUAGAGCUAGCUUAGCUUCUGCUUGCCGGACAUGGAGAAGCCUCGGUUCUUCCUCCUGUCUAUGGAGUUCACUCGAUCUUCGUGCUCACAAGUUUGACAUUUCUACCGCGGCUUCUCUUGCACCGAGGUGUGCUAAUCUUCAGAAGCUUAGGUUUCGUGGUGUUGACUCAGCUGACGCCAUUGUCCACCUCAAAGCGAGGCAUCUGCUUGAGAUAAGUGGUGACUAUUGCAGGAAGAUAACCGAUGCCACAUUGUCCAUGAUUGCUGCCCGCCAUGAGUCCCUUGAGAGUCUCCAACUCGGGCCAGACUUUUGUGAGAGGAUCACUAGCGAUGCUAUAAGGGCCGUAGCCUUUUGCUGUCCAAAACUUAGAAAGCUUCACCUUUCCGGAAUAAGAGAUGUCAGUUCUGAGGCGAUAGAAGCUUUGGCUAGACAUUGCCCGCAACUCAGCGAUCUUGGAUUCUUAGAUUGCCUUAACAUCGAUGAGGAUGCACUUGGAAAAGUGGUAUCAGUUCGCUACCUCUCUGUUGCCGGGACAUCUAAUAUAAACUGGUCAGUUGCGUCGAAUAAGUGGCAUAAGCUCCCGAAAUUGACAGGUGUGGAUGUCUCAAGGACUGAUAUUGGUCCUACUGCAGUUUCAAGGCUUUUGACAUCGUCUCAGAGCUUGAAAGUUUUUUGUGCUUUAAACUGCACUUUCCUCGAAGAGGAUACGAGUUUUGGUGCCGAUAGAUUCAAAGGAAAAGUCUUGCUAGCUUUGUUUACUAGUGUUUUUGAUGGGCUAGCUUCUAUAUUUGCCGAUACUACAAAGAAAGUAAAGGAUGUGUUUUCUUACUGGAGAAACUUGACAACCACCAAGGAUAGAAACAUUGACGAAAUCAUUCAUUGGCUUGAAUGGGUCCUUUCUCAUAUACUUUUAAGAACUGCGGAGAGCAACCCGCAAGGAUUGGAUCAUUUCUGGCUGAAUCAAGGGGCUCCAUUGUUGCUCAGUUUAAUGCAGAGCUCACAAGAGGAUGUCCAAGAGAGGGCGGCGACAGGUCUUGCAACUUUUGUCGUUAUUGAUGAUGAGAAUGCUAGUAUAGACGGUGGAAGGGCUGAAGCUGUUAUGCGUGAUGGAGGGAUCCGACUUCUCCUUGACCUCGCAAAAUCAUGGCGAGAAGGGCUUCAGUCAGAAGCUGCAAAGGCUAUAGCAAACUUGUCGGUAAAUGCUAAUGUUGCAAAGGCUGUUGCUGAAGAAGGGGGAAUAAGUGUCCUUGCUAGUUUGGCAAGGUCCAUGAACAGACUCGUGGCCGAGGAAGCUGCUGGUGGACUAUGGAAUCUCUCUGUUGGAGAAGAGCAUAAGAGUACUAUUGCUCAGGCUGGAGGAGUGAAGGCUUUAGUUGACCUUAUAUUUAGAUGGCCAAAUGGUUGUGAUGGAGUUCUGGAAAGGGCAGCCGGGGCUUUAGCGAAUUUGGCAGCAGAUGAUAAGUGCAGUAUGGAAGUCGCAAUGGCAGGAGGUGUACAUGCCCUAGUGAUGCUGGCUCGCAACUGCAAGUAUGAAGGGGUGCAAGAACAGGCUGCACGGGCUUUGGCUAACUUGGCUGCUCAUGGUGAUAGCAACAAUAACAAUGCAGCAGUUGGGCAAGAGGAAGGUGCAUUAGAAGCACUUGUUCAGCUUACACAGUCAGCCCAUGAAGGUGUUAGACAGGAAGCUGCUGGUGCCUUAUGGAAUUUGUCAUUUGAUGACAAAAACCGUGAAUCCAUUGCUGCAGCUGGUGGCGUCGAAGCUUUGGUGGCACUUGCACAGUCCUGUUCAAAUGCAUCCACAGGUCUUCAAGAGAGGGCCGCCGGUGCUCUCUGGGGAUUGUCAGUGUCAGAAGCGAACAGCAUUGCCAUCGGACGUGAAGGCGGUGUUCCACCUCUAAUUGCUCUUGCACGGUCGGAAGCUGAGGAUGUACAUGAAACUGCUGCAGGAGCCCUGUGGAACCUAGCGUUUAAUCCAGGCAAUGCUCUUAGAAUCGUGGAGGAAGGGGGGGUUCCAGCUCUUGUUCACCUGUGUUCUUCUUCUGUGUCAAAAAUGGCACGUUUCAUGGCAGCAUUGGCAUUGGCAUACAUGUUUGAUGGAAGGAUGGAAGAAUUAGCAAUGAUAAGAGGGGGGGCUUCGUCAGAAAGCAGUUCGAAAAGUGUGAGCUUAGAUGGGGCCAGAAGGAUGGCUCUAAAGCACAUUGAAGCUUUUGUUAUGACCUUUUUGGACCCCCAAAUAUUUGCAGCUUCUGUUGUAUCAUCUGCCCCAACUACUUUGGCUCAAGUUACUCAGAGGGCUCGCAUCCAAGAAGCCGGCCACCUCAGAUGCAGUGGUGCUGAAAUAGGAAGAUUCGUAGCAAUGUUACGAAAUUCAUCAUCUAUACUCAAAGAAUGUGCUGCAUUUGCGCUUCUCCAGUUCACAAUACCAGGGGGUCGACAUGCAAUGCAUCAUGCAAGUCUGAUGCAGAACGCCGGUGGAGGAGCAGCAAGAGUCCUCCGUUCUGCAGCCGCGGCUGCCAAUGUCCCUCGUGAGGCUCGUUUCUUUGCCAAAAUCGUCCUUCGUAAUCUCGAGCAUCACCAUGCUGAAUCUUCCAAAUGAAUCGGAUCUCAUAUACUUUUCAGGCUUCAUUAUAGGAUUUGAGCUCUCUUAGCACAUAUAUAUACAUAUAUGAUAGUGGAAGUCUUUUACUUAGAACACAUCAACCCUGUUUUGUCAAAUAUGUAGAACAAGUGGAACAGAGGAGGGUUUUGUCUGAUGAAAUGGAGGGUGGUCUUCACUUGUGUGGCAUUAGGACAUAAAAAAUGUGGUCUCUCUUUUUUGGGGCGAUGUCUAUUUCUUGUGACAUAUGCGUUCUGACUCCAUAGGACCUUUUCUUUAGAGAUUUUCAAUGCCAUUUGUGAUUUGUGGAUUUUCGA